AUGCGUUCGCCGGGACAUACCAAGCCAGCCACGAAUGGAGAUCGUGCCAUAGCUCCGCCGGAGAGGGGUGGCGCCUUCUCCAUCAACGGAGGGAAGCAGAUUGUCGCCGGCCAGGUCGACAUACCAGCGUCUUUACUGGACCUCCCGCCCGAAAUCAUUCACAUCACCAACAGCGACGCAUACGGCCAGGAUGUAUACAGCAAAGUGUCCACCCUCUUGUCCCGCGUCGUCCAGGAAUGUUUUCUCGGCCUACAAGAGCUAAUUCCCAAGAUGGCCGACUUGCCCGUCGCCCAGCAGCCUGGCUUGACCAAUGGCCUUGGAAAUCAUGCCGUCAAUGGGCCAGGAAACGGAAAUAUGCACCCCAACAAUAUCCAGAAGAAAAUAUUGAUGAUGGAAUUUGCCGAGUACCACAGGACUAGAUUUGUCAAGCUGCUUGUCCUUUCCGCUUGGAGCCGUCGUGCCGAGCAGGUCCAACGACUGAUAGACGUCUCGUCAUGGUUAAGGGACCAAGCGUUGAGUUAUAACGCCGUUGUAGACGCUAUGGGCAACAUGAAGCGGGAGAUGGAGCAUGCAACACUCAAGAGCCCCGAUAUAAAUACGGCUCUAAAGGUUCUUGCGACCGGGAAAGCAUCAUGGAUGCCAGAUAUGGACUACAUACCACCAGAACCCCUUUCUCCACAGGAAAUCUUGAAGCUCUGGAGGGACGGCAACGUACGGUGCGCUCUUCGCCUGAAUAUUCACGAGGAACUACCACGGCACCUCAAGCAAUGGAAAAUUGGAUCAGGACGCGUAACCUUUACAGUACCCGGAGAAUUCGAAUUAGACGUUGCCACAUCCACAGAAGACUCGUCAGGACCGUGGUGGUUUGUUGAUCUCCGGUUCCUCUUCUCGCCCGCUCCAGAGAUCCCGGAUAGCUUUUUUCGGGCUACGCUUGAAACACAGGCAAACGCAGUAUUGAGCGCAUCUGGACUGAGUGGUUGCUUUGAUUUUCUGCAUAAUCUCGUCCUUACCCAUAAGAUUGCCAUAUUGAAGGCCCAGGCGUACCAACUAACAGCCGGGAAUUGGGCAGGAUCGAUCAAAGUAGAACCAGUCCGCAGGUCUCUCGUUGUGCAGUACUGGACCGAGCUUCCGGGAAAGAAGAGUUGGAUAGAGAUUGGAAUCGUUAGCGGGAAACCCAAGAAUGGGAAGAUCUGCUGGAAAGGCCCUACUCCUCCGCAAUUAUCCGUCCGCUGGUUUCGUCAAGGAUUGGAGGUCAAAGAGUCGGAAAUAUCAUUUGACUGGGAUUCACUGUCCAUGGAAAAUAUGCUGAGAAGGGUCAUAGCUCAUCAUAUUGGCUACAUGCUUGAGACCAUUCGGGACCGUUUAGUGGCAGCCGCUCGAGGAGGAUCAACUUUGAAAACUGAAGUCUCUACCUCGGACACGGAACCGUCUGAUUGCAUGCUGGAGGUCAAUCUCGGAACCUCCGCAACUUCGACGACUGUUUUGGUGGAUCCAGUAACUGGCCGCUUUGCCAUGCAGCCUUGCACGGCUAUCUCUGCAUCUAUAGAACAGAAAGCUAGUGCUACGCCGGACCCUAUAUCCUUCAUUAGCAACACGAUACCUCAGAUACUCUGCGCAAGUCUUCAAACUGCUGUGGACAAGCAAGCGCAACUGCUUGGCUGGGCAAAACCAUUUAUGAACAUUCGAACCGAUUCUAUCAAGGAAGCAAUCAAGCAGGAUGUAGUACAGCAUACACUAUUCCGAGCAAGAGGCUGGACACAAAAUUGGGUCUUGGCGGGCGUGUUCAACCUGUCUGGUGUGUCUUGGUGGGCCAUCGACACAGAACCUAGCUAUCCAGGGGUAAAAAUCAAGACCGCCGAACGGAUUCAGAGCGACUCGUCCACAGCCAUAAAUGAUCUUGCUUUGCGGGAUGUCAUGACUACAAUCCAGCGUAAAGCGGUGGCCGAGAUAACACUGUCUGCUACAACGAGCUCACUGGUGCAACGACAGGUCCCUUACAAGGUUUCAUCACCUCUCGAGAGCCGAACAGCCGCCCAAAAACUUGUUGAUGUCUCUUCUCUCUGGAUCUCCGCCGACGAAUUCCUCAAAUCCGACCAGCAAGAUGCCGAACCGUGGGCCCGCAACGUCAUGCGCAUCAAAUAUGAGUCCUUUGACUCGGCAAAAUCUACCGUUCUCUUCUCUGUCAGCGGUGAAAUGGCGAAGGGCUUCGAGCACGAAACCGCAACCAUCGUCCGCACAUCCAACUCCUCCGACAUCAAAUUCGUCGGCGAAAACAACUCCAACUUUCGCAUCUUCAUCUCCGUCCCCUUCGGCACCUCCCUCGACAAUCCCCUCUCGACACGCCUCCGCGAAAUCACUCACCUCCUCAACUUCAUCAGCAUCCUGCGCAAGCGCAAAUUCCAAGCCGACCGCAUCACGCCCAACCGCAUCACCUUCCGCUACGGCAGCGGCGGCGCCUGCACCGCCACCGUCUCCUUCGCGCCCGACGCGCCCAUCAAACUGACCCUCCCCCGCAACAACCCCCACAACCGCAUCCGCGCCUAUCUCGCCGCCGGCCUCAACGCCCAGCGCCACGACGCCGCCCGCUUCCGCGCCGCCGUCAACCUCUUCACCUACCACCUACUCGCCACACUACCGCUCCUCUCCGCGCUGGACUCUCUCCACACCACCAGCGACGCUGAGCUUGAGGGUACAGGCACAGGCUCAGGUGGCAAAGAGACAGCGGGACAGAGGGUAACCCAGCCGGCGAUCCACGCCCGCGCGCCCGACGCGUUCCGCCUCGUGUACACGAACCCCCGCGUGAGCUUCGAUGCUAACCUGCGCGUGCAGCACGACCGGCACGUGUGGCAUGUCCAAGACGCGAGCGCCGCGAACCCGGACCAGCGCGCCAAGCCGGCGCCGAAGAGCGAGGCACUGCGCAAGGCGCUGGAGAAGCUGUGGCGGGAGAACGAGGCGGGGGGGUUGGAGGAGGGAGCGGGAGAGGAGGGGGCCGAGGGGGGGUGGCAGGGGCUGCGGACGGGGAUUGUCGCGAGUAUUGAGGGGGUUGCGAAGGCGGUGGUUAGGUUGGAUGGGGUGGUAAGGGGGUGUGCGACUAAGGGCGGUGGUGCAGAGGAAGUGCCUGUAGUUGAGGAGGUGGUGAGGGGGAAUGCGAAUGUGAGUAAGGGGGCUCCGCAGCCGGUGGUUGGGCUGGGGAUCUCGAAUGCGAAUGCGAAUGCCGUGAAGCCCCAGGCGGCGGCGGCGGCUGCUACUGGGCGGGCGAAGCUGGAGCUGCAGAAGGAUGCGGCGGCGAAGGCGUUGCUGGCUCAUAAUCAGAAUCAGAAUCAGAACCGGGAGCAGAAACAGGCACCGAGGAAAAACGGAGGUCAGGGAGGCGGGCCCGGUGUCAAUGGGAAUAACCGACAGAAUCAGGGGCGGAACGGUAAUAAUAGAGGCGGUGGCGGUGGUGGUGGCGGUGGGCCCGAUAUCAUCACGAUCGACUGAGUGAUUGAUCCAGUCGAUCUGUUUAUUCUCCCUUUCUGGCACAAUGUUUUUGUAAGUCUACAGUUUGGUCUGGGUGGGCCUCUUCUACUGAUCUUUUGCGUGUCUUGUUUCCCUUUUCUUUUGGUUGCGUUGAACUGGUUGGAGGCGGCUUUUGGGUGGUUCUCUCCUUUUUUUUGUGGCGUGCGGGCGGGCGGGGACGGACGGAAGGGGUUCAAGCAUGCUAUUACCAUGGACAUCUGGUAUUUGG